AUGGCACCCGGCAUUCUUUCUGACCAACUCCCCAGCCAUGACUCCCCAUUCAAGAGCAAGACUUCUCAUAGAGAGCCAUUGAAGCAGACUGGCGCUCUGGACAGCUUCGAGUAUGAAGACACAACGCCAGCCAUUGGCCGCGAAUUUCAGGGCGUCGACAUCGUGGACGACUUGAUCAAUGCUAGCAAUGCUGAUGAACUGCUCCGCGAUCUUGCAGUCACCAUCUCCGAGCGCGGCGUCGUCUUCUUCCGCGCCCAAGACAACCUGACCAACGACCUCCAAAAACACUUCGUCCAUCGUCUCGGCCAGCUUAGCGGUAAACCCUCCGAUUCUACCCUCCACAUCCACCCCGUCUUCAACAACACCUCCGAAUUCGGCGUUGGCGAUCACGAAAUUUCCCAGAUCAGCUCCGAGCACAGGAAGCAACUCUUCAAGCACGAGCUUCAGGCCAACAAGCGCCGCUACGAUGCAGCCCAAUGGCACUCUGACAUUCAAUUUGAGCCUGUCCCAGCUGAUUACACUUCUCUCCGCUUGACCAAGCUUCCCAAGACUGGCGGCGAUACUCUCUGGGCUAGCGGGUACGAUAUCUACGACCGCUUCUCGCCAGCCUAUCAGAAGUUCCUGGACGGGUUAACGGCAACGUUCACGGGUGAUGGCUUCCUGAAAGCUGCUGCGGCGGAUCCUGAGAAACCACGCGGCAGUGCCCAGAAUGUCGGCGGUGAGCUUUCAUCAGUGCAUCCAGUGGUCAGGACGAACCCCGUGACGGGGUGGAAGAGUGUCUACGCCUUGGGACCCUUCCCGAAGAGGAUCAAUGAGUUGCAUCAGAAUGAGAGUGAGGAGUUGUUGGCCAAGUUCAAGAGGAGUAUCCAUGAGAAUCAUGAUCUUACUGUGAGGUUUAAGUGGAGGAAUGAGAAUGAUAUUGCAAUCUGGGAUAACAGAAGUGCCUUUCAUACGGCGACCUUUGACUACGAUGGGCUGGGUGAGAGGUUUGGGAACCGUGCUGUCGGUAUCGGUGAGGCGCCGUAUCUGGACCCGAACUCCAGCUCAAGGGCUGUGGCUUGGGGAAGGGAGUAG